CGUGUAGCGUCUCUCUCACUCUUGUUUUUACACACAAAUUCUCCCCUCCCCCCCUCCCCUUGUGCUGCUAGGCCAUACUCAACACAUACUUUUGUGAGAGAGAGAGAGAGAUAAAAACUCUACAAAAUAUUUAUAACAAAAAUCGAGGAAUAAGUGACGUGGGAAGGUGGCCACUUUACCGUAUAUAUCCAUAAAUGGUUGAAAAUCUAUGAAAGCAAGUGUUGUGAGUGUUGUGUUGGGGAUGGCCAUGGCCAGUGUGGCGGUGAGAAGACCCAGGAUGAUGUGUCCACACCACACAGCACCAUGGCCCACCACCACGCCCUCCACCACGCCCACCAAGUGACGCUUCUCAAGAAACACAAACUGUUCUGCUUCACUCUGCCCGACCACGACAUGGUGUCCGCUGGUUUGAGAGAGAUGCCCAAGCUGGGUGAGAACAACAACAGUAACAAUAACAACAACAACAAUAACAACAGCAGCAGCAAUGGCACCAGCAGCAGCAACAGUGUUACCAAUGCCAGCACCAAUGGCACUUCCGGCAGUGCAGGCAGUAAUUCCAGUGACAUCACCAGAAUUCCAGGCCCACAUUCCUACUCUCCAGUCCCGCCUCAGAAAACGUCUUAUGCCAAUGGGUCAUACUCACCUCACAGCACCGUCAACGGUACACCCACGCCCUCACCACCUGCUCUGUCCUCACCACCCACACAAGCCCACGAGUCAGGCACAGGAGUUGGAGGCUCAAGGGAUGCCCACAGACAGAUCUCUAAGGUGAGGAGGUUCCUGACGACGCUACACCAGUUUGCUGUUGACAUCUCUCAUGACGUGGGUGACCGUGUGAGACACCUUGUACUUGGCCUCUUGAGUGGUGGUGUGAGUGUGGAGGAGUUCCAUGGAGGACUGCAGGAGGUAACACAUUUUCCUCUCCGCCCGUUUGUGCUGCCCUUCCUCCGCUCCCAUCUACCUCUUCUUCAACGUGAACUGCAGAGUCUCGCUCGCCGUGCUGCUAUGCCAGUGUCACAAUAUGUGGCUGUUCAUGAGGCAGCAUUGUUGGAAGCAACUGCAGGAGAACCUACUGAUUUCUUCUCCUCUGAGGUCACUAGUAGCAAACGGCGACAUGAAGGGUAUUUUGAGAAUGGUGACAGUGGAGGAGGUAGUGGAGGGGGAGUGUCUCCACCACCCACAAAGAGACUGGGAAUUUUCUCCCCUCCAUAUCCAAGUGUGGGCAUGAGUCCUGACCCUCCCCUACACCCGCGUGACUACCGCACCCCGGCCCCUCCAGACGAUGAGUGGAAGAACAUCCACGUGAUGCUAACAUGUAUCUUGAGUAUGGUGGAGAAGACUCGUCGAGCACUGACAAUGCUGCAGCAGAAGGAGGAUCGUGAUGGUAGUAGCGGAGUGUCCCGAGUAAGUGGUAUGAGCGCUGCAGAUCUUCGGCAUCGGGCUGAUUAUGAUGCAGAUGUGAGACGUCAUGCUGCUGAACUUGUGGCUCAAUCUAUCCGCACUACAGAGGAGAGGGUGUCAGAGGUCAAGCGCAAGGCUGAGGAGGCAGUGUCAGAAGUGAGGCGAGCAGCCGUAGCAGAGGUGCAGCGAGCUGUUGGGGCAGCUGAGGCGCGAGCACAGGAGUUGGUGGCAGCGGAGAGGGCCAAGGUUGAAGCUCUACUACGGGAGGUCGGGCGGAGAGACCCCUCAGAGCCCCGGGCUGAGCCUCAACAGGCGUGCUGGAACUGUGGCAGAAAGGCCCACGAGACCUGCAGUGGUUGCAACGUGGCACGGUACUGUGGCCCCUUCUGCCAGCACAAGGACUGGGACUCCCACCACAAGGUGUGCUCGCCUGCCCUGGCGUCCACGUCCUCCUCGUCUUCGUCUUCUGCGUCCUCUUCCUCCGCGUCCUCGUCCACUGCCAUCAUCGCCGCCCUCGUUUCUAAAAGUCAAUUCAGCAAAACUUCUGACACAACAAAGACAGAGUGACCAAAGGUUAAAGGAUCUCUGAAACGGAAAUGCCGGAGUAAGACAAAAAUAAUCGGCAUCUUUCAUAAAGAUUAAACCUUAAUUUUUGUUAAACUACAGUCAAGUGCAGUGAUUAUUUCUGACUGUUAUUUGAUCAAUAUUUGUAAAAUUUUCACAUUUCAGUGGAUAUAUCAGUGCAAAGAUUGACCAAAGUUUUUUAAGUUUAUCAUGCAAGAUAUUUUAGUGUUUCAACAAGACAGAAGACUAUAAAAACUUAUAACAAACUGGAUGAUACAAAAACUGGAGGAGAAAUAUCACAGCCAAUGAUGUAAAUAUUGUUGGCUGCAAAAACCAAAUGACAUAGUGACUGCUCAGAGCUUUACAGAUACAGUACUAAGUGUGACUGAUUGGAAAUGUUGGUUUUGAUAUGAUCUUCAAAGUAGUGUAUGAAAAUCCUUCAUUUUAUAUAUCAAAGACUUAACAGGACCUUUGAUAUUAACUUUCUGUACCUCACUUGACGUAGACUGGUACAGCCUAUGCAUGUCAAGAUGGGAACAGUGGCUGGGUGUUGUGUCGAGGCUGUUGUUAAGAACACAGUGGCGGGAAA